AUGGUGCGGGCCGAGGACGUGGACGACAAGGCGCUGGACCAAUUGAAAACCUUGAGGGUCGAUGACGCGAUUAAUGUCGUCGACCAGUUUGAACGUGCGGUGCACGGUGGAAACGUGAAGAACAAAGGUGCUUACCUCGCCGGGGUUGCCACUCGUCACAAGCACUUCGGGCAUGGGCCGAAGCUGCCCAAAGACAUACAGCAGCGACUGGAGCAGCUUUACCGCUCUGGCAAACUGCGGGAUUCGCAAAUCUUUGAUGCCAAAGUGCUUGAGGCCAUCAGCGAUAUGGAGCAUGGCCUUGCUCUACGUGUUAUCGAAAACUUCGAGAGCAAGGACCUUGAGGAUGCUCGGAACAUCAACGCGUUGUUCAUGGCCACGAUCAAGAUCACCAAAGAGCAGGUAUGCACAAUUUCAGUCCCAGGGUUUCGAACCGGCGACUUGCCAGCAGCUUCAAAGAUUGCGCGCGACCGCCCGUACGGAAUGCCACCGCCGCCGCCGCCGCCGCCGCCGCACGGCUACCGCGAUUCGCUGCCGCCGCCGCACCACGGAAUGCCCCCGCCGCCGUACGGAAUGCCCCCGCCAUCGUACUCACAGCCGCCGUACUCCGCUCCGCCGCCGUCGUAUGGUGCCCCUGCGCCGUACGCUCCACCCAUGAUGCCCGCGCCGACGCCGAUGACAGGGUCGUUAGGUUCGUUGGCUUGGGUGCUGGCUUUCGUUUGGUCGGCUGCCCCCGCACAAGAGGCUAUUAGUUCAUGUAGCGAUCUGGUGCUGGCGGCUGCUGCACCGUCAUCCUCUGGGCCCCCGCGGCGCCACUACGGCAGCGAGCAGGCGGCGCUGGGGGUCCGUAUCGACGAGUUGCACAACCUCAGCGUCCACGCGCCGUACGUUCCGGGCGCUGUAGCACUGACCCUUCAGCGGGCCUGGGACAGCGGCAACCGGCUGGUGUCGUUGUUGGAUGAGGGCUCUUGGAAGGCGCUGACGGAGAUGGAGUCGCAACACGGGCAGCAGGUGGUUAACGAGGUCGUUGAGGCCAUGAACCAACAGGCGAUCCGCAACUGCAACGCGUUUCUCAUUGCCGUGCAGCGGCGGCCUGGUGCGCCGGUCGGUGGGGGGCUGCCUAGCCUCGUGAUGUUGUGGUCGGACCUGCUGUCCCAACACGCCCCCGUGCUCCGUGAGAGCCACUUUGAUGAGGUGGUGGUGUCACAGCUGCAGAAGCUGCCCGAGCACGAGGCGCUGGAGGUGCUGGCGGAGGUGGGGCGACACGAGCUAGUGGGGGUCAAGAACAUCCCCGCCUACAUCAUGGGAAUUAUCAACCGCUACAAACGGGGAGGCUCGCGGCCGGGAUAUUGA